GUUAUGUUCCUUGCAGUUCAUGUGGAACUAGUUCUUUAGAAUUACCCUGCAAGAAACGUAACCGCGGAUACGACAUCCACUAGGGAUUUUGGCGUCCAAUGUAUUUCGCCAUAUUUAGUACUGGCUCCUGGGGGUUAAUUGCAGUCGUCCGAAUAAAUAUUACUUUGAAUUCUUGUUCAAUUUUUGUAACGGUUUUGCACAAGAUUCACUUAAUUCCGAGAUGUCACAACCACACAGGCCAGCGCCACCUCCCCCACCUGUAAGAAAAGGUCAAGUUCAGGCUUUUGAGGCUAUGGGAAGCUACAAAGCGAAACGUGACUGCGAACUGUCGUUUGAGGAGGGAGACAUUCUUUUCGUUUUGGACCGAACCGAUGCUAACUGGUGGCAGGCAAAAAUAGACAACAAGACUGGAUACAUCCCCAGCAAUUAUGUAAGCAGUGACAAUGUCAAAAACGCCCAUCAUUGAUGCUGCCCGUCGGGGUAACUUAGAGUUUGAUGGAGGAAUGUCUUUCUGCUGGGAUUUCUGUGAACACUUUGGACAAGAGUGGAUCAUCUGCUCUU